UUUGAAUUUCCUGGUGUGUACAUAUUUAAUAGCAACCUUGGUGAAAUACCAGCCGCUACAUUUGUGAUCUUUUGCGUCUGGCAGGGCCGUGGCACCUUUCGUGAACGGUGAUCAAAACCACCACUUUUGAUAUCAAUACCGAGCCAAUUCAUCCUUCCACUUUUACGCUUGCGGCUUCCUUGCUUAGAACGGAUCAGAGAAUUCACAGGAAGUACCUAGCGCCUGCACCUUAUUUGAGAAAUCUGGUACCAGAUCAUCGCCACUGGGGCCACCACUCACCAGACUGACCAGAGUAUCCGUUGUCAUCUCAUCAAACCAUGUCUCCCUUCCGUGGAGUACCCGCUCUCCGUCGCCUCACGGCCCGGCCGUUUGGUAUUCGAUCCCUACUAAACAGCCCUGCCCCACACUCUCAGACCAUCGCAACCGCGAGCACCCGUCAAAGCGACCGCCCCCGCGUCGCCAUCGUAACCGGCGCGGCACGCGGCAUCGGCCGCGCCAUCGCGGUGCGCCUCGCACAGGACGGCUACCACAUCACGGCCUCCGACCUGCCAACCCAACAAGCGCAGCUCAACUCGCUAGUCGCCGAGCUGACCGCGACCAGCAACAACAGCAACAGCAGCAGCGGCCACAAAAUCCAAGCCCACGCCCACGCGGCCGACGUCAGCUCCCCCGAGCAAGUCGCGGCGCUCGUCCGCGCGUCGGCCGCCGCCCUCGGCCCGCUCGACACCAUGGUGGCCAACGCGGGCAUCGCGCAGGUGAAGCCGCUGCUGGAGCUGACGCCGGGGGAUUUCAGCCGCAUGCUGGACGUGAAUGUCGCGGGGGUGCACCACUGUUUCCAGGCGGCGGCCAGGCAGAUGAUUGCGCAGCAGCAGGAUGUUGGCAUGCAGGUCGGGAAGGAGGGGAGGGAGGAGGGGAGGGAGGGGGAGGAGAUUCGCGGGCGGCUGAUCGCGGCGGCCAGCAUCGUGGCGUUCAAGCCGCUCGCGCUGCUGGGGCAUUAUAGUGCGAGUAAGUGGGCGGUGCGCGGGCUGAGCCAGGCGUACGCGAUGGAGCUGGCGGCGCACAAGAUCACGGCGAAUGCGUAUGCGCCGGGGAUUGUGGAUACGGAUAUGUGGGAGCUGAUUGAUGAGGGGUUGGGGAGCAGGGCGGGGAGGGCGAAGGGGGAGACUAUUAAACGGUAUAGUGAGGAGUUGAUUGCGCUUGGGAGGACUAGUGUGCCGCGGGAUGUGGCGGGGUUGGUGUCGUUUUUGGCGAGCCGUGAUGCGGACUAUGUGACGGGGCAGACGUUUGUGGUGGAUGGGGGGAUUAUUUAUACUUGAGGGAUGGCGGGUUUGGGGGGUGUUUGUUAUCGGUGUGUGUUUACUGUCAUUUUUAUUUUACACUUUUGACAUGAG